CUUUAUCAUUGUGCUAUAUGAGCUGCAAAGUCACUUGACUAGUGAAGUAUUUAUGUUGAGAAAUAAAGAGAUCAGUUUAAUUGUUUUGACAUCAAGCAGUUGACCUUUUAAUUGGAUCUGUCAAAUGUUGUGUAGUGUAAGUUACACAUAGGGAGAGUUUAUUUGAUGUUUCAGGUGAUGUGACUUUUGUGCUUUUGUCAGGGAAUGUCAGGCAGUCAGAGUGGUGGAAGUGAGCGUGAGGUGCUACUGUUCAUGCGAGACAGCCAGAGUGCCCUGUCAAAAAUUUGUCAGAACAUUUUAUUGAAGUGCCCCCUGAAGUACCCCUCUGUCCGAAAUAUGAUGUGCCUGGACCCCCAAAAUAUGCACAAAGAACCUGACAUGUGCCAGCAAAAAAUUAAGGCCCUCAUCAUGAAAUUUGUGCAGGAUAAGAAGCUGUCAGGAGGAGUCACAGCGGGUGAUAAGAUUGCCCAACAAUUUCAGAAGUUCCUCUUCAGUGAGGCCAGAGGAGAGGAAUUCAUGGCCUUCAGUGCAUUGGAUGGAAAAUUGCGAGUUGACAGCUUCCUGCAUAAGGCCAUGAAUGGAUAUGCAGAACUUUGGAGCUUUGUGGAAAAGCUGCUGCUUCUGUCCCAUGGACAAGCUACUGUGGAGCGUGGGUUCUCCAUAAAUAAGGAGGUGGAGAUGUGCAAUAUGAACGAAGACACUAUAGUCUCACAGAGAUUAAUCUGCGACUAUGUGAGGAUGUGUGGUGGAGUGGUCAAAGUGCCUCUAACUAAAGAGCUGCUAAAUGAGUGUGCAUCUGCACGCAACCGGUACAGGAUCUUCUUGGAAGAUGAGAGGAAGAAAAAGGAAAAGACAAAACAGAUGAUCAAGAGAAAAGGGUUUGAAGAUGAGCUUGAAGAGCUACGCAAGAAAAGAAGAACAAUCUCAACUGUGUGUGAAACUCUAGAAAAGGAUGCAGAUGUCCUUGCAGAGAAGGCUGAGAAUACAGCAGGGACCAAGAUGGCAGAACUUAUCACUAAAUCCAAUUCCAUGAGAAAAAGAUGCAAGGAAAAGAGAAGGGAGUUGGUGGACCUAGACCAUGAAAUUGAGAAGAGAGCAGCAGAGCUGCGCCACAUGUCUUGAGGAGAAUUUGGGAUGUUACGAAACAAAGGGUUUCUCUCAGUAAAAGUCAUGUAAUAACAUUUGUGUUUUCUAACAGUUAUGUAGAUUAUUUGUCAACUUUUUGGCUUGUGAAAGGCUGUGUUGAGGACAUUAUUGAGCUUAUUUUCAGUAUUCUAAAUGGUUCCUUCAUACAAGGCAUUGUGUUGUUUAGUG